AUACCAGGAACCUGAACCCAAGUCGAGGGCUUCUGAGAUCUAAGUGCGCUUUUGUUGUUGUUUUGAUCUCAACCCAACGUAGUAGUAACUGGCAGGAAUUUUUCAUUUGUGCCAGUGAAAGAACAACCGAUUCAAAAUGGAUUUGCUAGAUUCAAUUAUGAGCAAGAUGGACAAGCCUCCUGCUGUCAAUGAUAAACAUAAACAAAUGAUGAGAGAACAAAUGAAGGCAGCUGAGGAAGCUAAAAAUAAGGAAAGGAAAAGGCUAGCUCAGUUCAGAAAACAUAUUGAAGAACGAAUCAACAGAUUUAUUCAGAAUGUAAGUCUAACAAAGAAGGAAUUUGAGCCAAUGGACAGAGUGGCUCGAAGCAUUGUGAGAGAUGUUGCAGAUGUUGCUGGACUCACUACAUAUGUUUUUGGUGUGGAGGAUGUUGAUCGCCAUGUGAUGGUCUUCAAGAAAGAGUAUCCAUUAACAGAAGAGGAGUUAGAAGCAUAUAAAAAUGGUGAAGAAUGGGAUCCUGAAAAAUUUAAAGAAGAAGCAAGACUGUUCGCAGCGAAUUGAAGAAAGAUAAGCGAACCAUUGAAGAAACACUUGCUGACAUACGAGCCAAGAAGCUGAAACGUGACCAUAAUGAAGCAGCUGAUGAGGAAAAAGAUGAUAAUGGCCAGGAUGCAAGUACAAAUCAGCCGUAACCAUUUUUCUCUUUUUAAAAAGGUUACAUUCAUAUUAAUUAUUAAAAUCACCUUGAAUUCAUUUGCUAAAGUUUACUUGAAAAUACCUUGUACCUCUCCCCGUGAUAGAUAUUUUGUUGUCAAAGACCAAAGAAACUAUCAUGAAGCAUAGAAGGGUUUAGUCGGUUACAUGGAUGAAUCCUCAUAUACAGUAAAGAUAUGCUAAUUCAGCAUAGAAGCCCCCCCCCCUUUUUUUUUUUUUUUUUUUUUUUUUGCCCAGUGGGUAUGAAACCUCAUUAUGUAUUAAGUAUUUAGUCUCUAAGACAAGUUACUGAAAUUCAAAUGGUUAUUAUUUUUACAAGAAAUGUGAUUGUCUGGGAACAUUUGUUAUUGUCUGUUUUGCAAAAUGGAAAUUCAGAUUUGGCAGAUUUUGAUAAACUAAUUUCCUGUUACCUACCUCUUAUAAUUCAGUUUCAGACAAAAAGUCAGUUUAUGUAGAGAUUCUGUAAUAAGUCUGAAAAUGUUUCUUUGGCGUGUAUGUAUGCACAUACUAAUGCAACCAUUCUUAAUACAGGUUAACUUGGUAUCUUUGCUUGUUACAUAGACAGACGAAAGAAUGUAGACUUAUGCUACAGCAGCAAAGCCCCAUUUGACUAAACACCAAUGGAAAUUAAUUUUUAUUGUCAUUCUUGUGUGUAUUUGUAUUUUAUGUACAGUCAACCCCUGGGAUUCUUAGGGGAUAAGGAACACAACCCCCCACAAGUAGCUAAAGUCUGCAAAUACUGGACACCCCUCAAAAAAUGCUUAUAACCACCAAUUUUGAGAGUUCAAAAACCAAAAUAAAAACUAAAAAUGCUUAUAUACUUGCCUGUUUUAAUGUUUUAUCAUGAAAAAUGUAUUUUUUCUUGAAAUUAAUAUAAAAAUACAGUAAUUGUAAUGAAUAUUUUGCUAUGAAAAAUUCUCCAAAUAGGCAAAUUUUCCACAAAUAAUCUGGAUAUAUGUUCCACAGAAAAAUCUGUGAAUAGGUGAAGCAGCAAAUCUGGAAAUGUGAAUAACCAGGGGUCGACUGUAGCCACUAGUAAUGCAUUUCAGUAUUUAAGAAAUUUAUAAGUGCUUCAUGUUUGUUGGUCUCCGGGAGGCUAAUUCCCCCAAGAUAAUGAGAUGGAGAUGAAUAAAUACAACCAUACAUUGUGGAUAUACUAUCUACUGAUUUGGUGGUUGGCUACUGUAAAAUACACAAGCACAAAAACAGUUGGGAAGACAUAAAAUCAUGAAGAAAAGGCAUAGCUGAAACCUUGACUAGUUGGAAAUUUAGGCAGUAUUUGUACACGCCGAGGAGAAUUGAGGGAAAUUAGGAUAUGUUAACUCUGUAAAGAUAACUCCUGACAAAAGGACUGUUGAUGAUAGAAACACAUUUAUUGAAGCCAUGUGAAAUGUUGACUUUUUAAUGUUGUGCUCUAUUAUAAUUUUGUCUGCCAGUUCCAUUUUCAUAGCUCUUAAGAGAUAAUUUUGUACUCUGUGAGUGGCUGAAGAUGCCAGUUCCAAAAUCAUCUUGUGGUGUCAUUAAUUACAUUUACUGCUAAUUUUACGUACUCGUUUUUAGUGAAGGCAUAUUGUUGAAUAUCCUGAUUGAAUAAAAAUACCUUAAUUCCUGUGACUCA